GGGACACGAGGCAUGAGACGUUACCGAGUCGGAAAGUGUAUAGCAGACAGCGUGGAAAACUGGUGACAGCAGUCUUCGCAAGUGACGUGUUUGCAGCUAGCUGUGUUCAUAGCAUAACCACAGAACCCAAAUCACAAACAGAGCAACACAGAACAAAGAGAUGGGAAUCUCUGUUGUGAGUAGCGAUUUACUGAGUCAGAAAGCUUCAGCCAUGAGAGACUCUCUGGAGAAAAGCCAAACCAUCACACACGACGUCGUUUCGAUUCUCGGCUCCUUCGAUCACCGCCUCUCCGCCCUCGAAACCGCCAUGCGCCCUACCCAGAUCAGAACGCAUUCUAUUAGGAAAGCUCACGAGAAUAUUGAUAGGACUUUGAAGACUGCUGAGGCUAUAUUGGCUCACUUUGAUCAAUAUUAUCAGGCAGAAGCCAAAAUAGUUAAAGGACCACAUGAAGAUGUGAAGAACUAUCUUGAAGCAAUUGAUCAGCUGAGAAGAAACAUUAGAUUUUUUGGCAAUAAGAAGGGUUUUAAGAGUGAUGAUAGUAUUGUCAUCCAUGCCAAUAAUUUGAUAUCCGAAGCUAUUUCUAAGCUAGAAGAUGAGUUUGAGCGGCUAUUAUCAUCUUACAGUAAACCUGUUGAACCUGAGCGCCUCUUUGGUUGUCUUCCAAACUCAAUGCGGCCUUCAUCACCAGGUCAUGAUGGUGAUCCUAAUGGAAAGAAUCAUUCUCCUAAUCUCCAUUCGGAGGCACAUAAAAAUAGUGCUGAUGCUGUUUUAUACACACCUCCUGUUCUUAUACCACCAAGAAUUUUGCCAUUGCUCAAUGAUUUAACCAAGCAAAUGGUUCAAGCUGGUCACCAACAACAGUUGCUUAAAAUAUACAGAGAUACCCGUUCUAAUGUAUUGGAAGAAAGUCUGCAAAAGCUUGGAGUUGAGAAACUCAGCAAAGAUGAUGUUCAAAAGCUACAAUGGGAGGUUUUAGAAGCCAAAAUUGGAAACUGGAUUCAUUUCAUGCGUAUUGCUGUCAAAUUGUUGUUUGCUGGUGAACGGAAAGUCUGUGAUCAGAUAUUUGAAGGAUUUGACACACUUAGUGAUCAGUGUUUUGCUGAAGUAACUAUAAACAGCAUUUCCAUGCUGCUUAGUUUUGGAGAAGCAAUUGCCAAAAGCAAGAGGUCACCUGAAAAGUUAUUUGUACUUUUGGACAUGUAUGAAAUAUUGCAAGAGAUCCAUUCAGAGAUUGAUAUGCUCUUUAAAGGCAGAGCUUGCACCAAAAUAAGAGAAGCUGUAACGGGUUUGACAAAACAGCUUGCACAAACAGCCCAGGAGACCUUUGGAGAUUUUGAAGAAGCAGUUGAGAAAGAUGCUACCAAGACUGCAGUGACUGAUGGAACUGUUCAUCCUUUGACAAGCUAUGUGAUUAACUAUGUGAAGUUUUUAUUUGACUAUCGCUCUACCUUAAACCAACUUUUCCAAGGAAUUGAAGGUGAAGGCUCACAGCUAGCGUUAGUGACAUUGCGAAUAUUGCAAGCUCUUCAAAUCAAUUUAGAUGGAAAAUCAAAGCAAUAUAGAGACCCUGCUUUGACACACUUAUUUCUCAUGAACAAUAUUCAUUAUAUUGUCAGAUCAGUUCGGAGGUCUGAAGCAAAGGAUUUGUUGGGAGACGAUUGGAUUCAACGGCAUAGGAAGGUUGUGCAGCAGCAUGCCAAUCAAUACAAAAGAAUCGCUUGGGCAAAGAUUCUUCAGUCCCUCUCUAUUCAGGGCCUCAUCUCCUCAGGUGGUGGUAGUAGCACUGCUGGUGCUGAUGGGAGCAGUAGUGGCGCUUCAAGAGCAAUUGUUAAAGACAGGUUUAAGACAUUUAAUACUAUGUUUGAGGAACUUCAUCAGAAACAAUCUCAGUGGACAGUACCAGACACAGAGUUGCGAGAGUCUCUUAUUCUUGCAGUUGCUGAAGUCUUGUUGCCUGCCUAUAGAUCAUUUGUGAAACGAUUUGGGCCACUAGUGGAGAAUGUAAAGAGUACUCAGAGAUACAUCAAAUACACUGCUGAAGAUCUGGAGCGAAUCUUGGGUGAAUUUUUUGAAGGAAAAAGCAUAAAUGAUUCUAAGAGGUAAUCGGGGCUUUGUUGUCAUCUGCUUCAUGGUAUUUAGAGGUUAAUAGGGUCUGUAUUUUACAAUAGCAUAUAUGGACUUUCAAUGCCCCUUUUUUUUUAAUCUCUUUUGAGGUGCAUAUAUGUAAUAAGGGAUUGGUGCCCAUCAAAUUUCAAGCGAGUCCAUUCCAUUUAUCAAAUGUUUUGAUUAGUGAUGCUCGUGACCCCACCUCGGUGAGUUCAAAGUUCAUAAAACAUUUAAGUAUAGGAGGGGUUUUUAUGGAAGUAAAGAGUUAUUGUAUUGGAUAGAAUAAAAGAUAUAUAAAAAAGAUACAAGCUAUAUUUACAAAAGAGAUGAGCAUGAAGCUACAAUUGGAAUAGGAUCUGUUGUGAUGUUGGGCAAGAAGUGUUGUCUCGGUGGCGUGUGUUGUGUUUAUCACGAACUCAGGAAAAUUACGGUGGUGACACCUAUAAGAACUGGAUGGCAAAAUUGGUGUUUGUGUAAAGUGAUUGCAAGAAUAGAAAUAGUUAUUUGAAUUCC